CGUGGACGGUGGCCGCGCGGGGUCAAGGUGGCGGAAGCGGAAGUGGCGUUUGACGAGCGGGGGGACCGGCGCCAUCGCCAUCAUGGUGGGCAGAGGGGCAUUCCGCGUACCGGACCGGUGGACCGACUAUCUCCCGCUGGGCAGGAGGAUGCCGGGCACCCGCUUCAUUGCCUUCAAAGUCCCCCUGAAGCAGAGCUUUGAUCAGAACCUUCAUCCAGAGGAGAGAUUUUCCCCUCGUGACCUCAUUAAGAAAAUCAAAGAGCAGAAAGAAGAGCUGGGCCUGAUCAUUGACCUGACGUACACAACUCGCUACUACGGGCCAGAGGAGCUCCCAGCCACACUCUGCUACUCAAAGAUCUUGACAAUGGGACAUGAAAUACCAAACAGGCACACCAUUUUUCAAUUCAAAUGCGUUGUAAAAAAGUUUUUGAGAGACAACAAAGACAAUGAUAAACUCAUUGGAGUUCAUUGCACGCAUGGCUUGAACAGAACUGGCUACCUGGUUUGUAGGUACCUGAUUGAUGUUGAAGGAAUGGACCCAAAUACUGCAAUAGAGUUGUUCAACAGAGCUCGAGGGCAUCCUAUAGAGAGAACCAACUAUAUCCAAGAUCUUCGGAAAAGAUCUGUAAAAAAGAACUGCGGACUAAAGAAUUUGGGUUCGGGCCCCUUCAAAGAAAAAGCCAGCGCUACACCAAACACUAAAAAGCAGAUGGCCAAACAUCAUCCGCAUCGUUCGAACCAGUCCCCCUUAGCGGUACCCAGGCUCCUCCUGUCUCAGCAGGGAUGGCAGGGGAACAGUGAAUGCAGAAACUCCAGCAGCGCCAAGAAGAAGCGCAGGCAAGGCACCAAGGCGCAGGCACGACACCAGGAGCUGGCACGCGAGCAUGGAGCGACGGAGCAAAGGCAGCCACGCAGUUUGGCAGCGAGGAACUGUUGGCUUUCGUUGCCCGCUAAGGAGCGGCACAAUGGACUGUCCUUUCCUGCCCAGAGCUCCCACCUCUGCCCAUCCCAGGAAACGCGAGCGGCCAGGAGACGCAGGCGCCGGCAUAGGAAAACUGUUGUGACAGCGUAGGGAAUGUUGUAUGCAACAGAAGCCUGUCCAGGGCUGCGUCUUCACCCUGGAGGAGCUCCAAGAUGGGUCUCUCGCCGCUUGAACGAGCGGCUUUGCCGUAACUUCCACCAGCAGUUGGGAACUGCAAACGCAGAUGUUCUUAACCUUAACACAGCUCUUUUUAAAAAAAUUUUUUCCCCCCCCCCCCCCCCCCCCCCCAUCCUUGAUACUUUUACAAACCUCACAGAAAUUUUUUAAUCCUAUGUCAUAGCGGAGUCGUAGCUCCGCUCCUUGAGGGAUGCGGAGAAUAAAUGUGGACCCAAAUGCAGCUGGAAUAAUCCUAAAGAAACAUCCUCCGGAGCGUCCCUUUAACCUUCAACAAAAAGGGCUUUUCCUUGAUUUCCUCAAUACAUAACAAGAAAUAA